AUGGAUCCCGAGCUUGAAUCCAGGUCAUCGAGAUCAGACGACCGUCAGCAGGAGGAUAACCCGCCACCCACUAAGAAGAUUAAAACAGGAACUGUUCGUCGAAAACCAGCCUGUCAAACAUGUCGUCGACGUAAAGUUCGCUGUGACAAUGCUCAACCGACAUGUGGGUUUUGCCGCGCCAAUGACACCAGAUGUGUAUAUGUCCCCCCCGGGGAUGAUGGAAGUCAAAAGGAGCUAAAUACAGUCUUGGAGCGAUUGGACACAUUGUCGCACACGGUCGAGAACAUUCAGCGCCUCCUUAACUCGAAGGAUACGCCACAUUCUAACAGGCCUCCAGAGACGCGAUUUUACGAUCGCCAAGUUGGCCUUCCAAUCAGAGCAGCAGAUUGGCAGAAAGAUUACUUGCAGAUUCCUGCGGGUCGGGGUAGUGCUGAUACCGUACUUACCUGGCCAAUCUUCCAAGGCCAAUUUAGAGACAGCUCCCUCAUCACCACGCUCUUCCAGUACUCUAAUGGAAUAGGCGAAGACAGACCAACCGAGUGGACCCUCCCCGAGGGGCUUCAAUUCACCCCAGACGAGCAGAUCCCAACAUUGGUGGAUCGCUUUAUUCAGAAUGUUCACACGAAGAACCCGAUCUUAGAUCUAGAAUCACUGAUUCGGUCUGGAAGGAGUGCCGCCGAAAUAGGUCUUCGGUGGGAUGCUCAGUCUUGCCUUGUUCUCCUAGCUUGUGCUUUAGGCUGUAUUUCGCAACCCUUCGCCUCUUCUACGCAAGGAUACCAAACGUCGAGAUCUUCCCACGACGAACUUGGGUGGCGCACUCCGGGAAUAACGUCUAGCUCUGACACUCAGUUACGAGAAGGCGAGGCUUUUUUCAUGAUGGCCUGCAGAAGAAUCGGUCUCCUGCGAUACUCGGUCAUCGGUUCCCAGUGCCACUUCUUUGCCGGAGUGUACUUGAUGUAUACGUUUCGCUCGCUUUCCGCCUGGAAUCAUUUCUACCAAGCUUCUACAUUCUACCGACUGCGCCUGAGACUGAUUGAUGGGCUGGAUAAUUCAGCCUACGUGGGCGAACAACAAGGAACCACUGUCGUUCAACGCCUUGAGCAGAGUCUUUAUUGGUCAUGUUUCAAAUCCGAAGUCGAGAUUCGUGUCGAGCUGCCUUUGCCCCAAUCCGCUAUAGCUGAAUAUGAGUACCCAGCUCUCUUCCCACGCCCCCAACCCUCCCAGAGGAGUACCCGAGACAAAGAGAUCAAACCUCCGAUUGGACCAACACUGAGUCCUUGCAUAGAUCACCUGAUGUCGAUCAGUCCGGCCUGA